AUGCUCAUGGGAAAGGUGCACAUUAACGCUGAUGAUCCGGGCAACGCCUAUUCGCUGUACGCCACCGCCCCAGUCCCGCCUAAGAAGCCAGGCACCGUUCGUAUUUGGGUCGACGGCUGCUUUGAUAUGCUGCAUUUUGGGCACGCCAAUGCGCUUCGCCAAGCGGCAGCCCUGGGUGACGAGUUGUUUGUCGGGUGUCAUUCGGACGCGGAGAUUAACCACUACAAGGGCCCCCCAAUUAUGCAUGAGGAAGAGCGUUACGAGGCACUUCGUGCGUGCAAGUGGGUUGACUUUGUUGUGGAGGGGUAUCCGUAUGUCACGCGACUUGCAGACAUGGAUCGCCUAGAGGUUGACUACGUUGUACACGGCGAUGAUAUUUCUGUGGACCUGAACGGCCGUAAUUCGUAUCAAGAGAUUAUUGAUGCCGGGCGUUUCAAGGUUGUAAAGAGAACCGAGUGUAUUUCCACCACGGAUAUUGUGGGGCGAAUGCUGCUUUGCAACCCCAGUAGCGUAUUGACUGCAUCUGAGAAGAAGCUUCUGAAAGAUGAGGCCAAUAGACAUCUUGGCUUUCAUUACUUAACAACAUCUCGAAAAAUUGCUCAGUUUAGCAACAAUCGCUCUCCGAACCCUGGCGAUCGAAUUGUUUAUGUGGAUGGAAGCUUUGAUUUGUUUCAUUAUGGCCAUAUCCGUGUCUUGCAAAAGGCGCGUGAGCUAGGUGACUACCUUAUUGCCGGCAUCCAUGAUGAUGGUGUAAUUCGCAGGGUAAAGGGAAAGAAUUUUCCCAUCAUGAGCCUUAACGAGCGCGUUCUUGGUGUGCUGGCAUGCAGGUACGUUGAUGAGGUCGUUAUUGGCGCUCCUUACGAGGUGACACGCGCAGUCAUUGAUAGCCUCGGCAUCACCGCCGUUGUUGGAGGCAAGACGUGUGAUGCGUACGAGUACGGGGAUGGACGCGACGCCUACGCAGUGCCCAAGGAGAUGGGGUGUUAUUAUGAGGUGGAUUCCGGUUGCAACCUCACCACCCACGUUAUUGUCGAGCGCGUCGUCAAAAAUCAUGUGGCAUUUCUUAAAAGACAGGCUGCGAAGCGGUUAAAGGAUGCCGAGUCUGCUAAAGAUCAACUGGGGAUGUACAAAAAUGUGAGGGAGGUGUAG